UUUUUUUUCAAUUUUUCAAAAAAUGAAAAAAAUAAAUAAAAAAUAUAAAUAAAAACAAUUAUUUUCCUUUCAAAUUGUAUAUGUAAUAAAAUCUAAAUUUUUUGUAAUGUCCAAAAAAAGAGUUCGACAAGAUCUAACCGAAAAUAAACCACCAAUAAAAAUUCGAAAAAUGGCUUCAAAAGGAAACAAAAAUAAAAAUUGUUAUAUCUGUUUCCUACCAAAUGAAAUUCUGCAUCACAUCAUUAGGUACAUUCCAUAUUGGCAUAUUCCACGUUUGCGAAAGACCUGCAAACGACUUCAAAAUGUUUGUGAUUCUUUGCUCCUCCAUGACUUCGAAACUGCAAUUUUUAAUUGUAGCCAGAAAAAUUGCAGUGGCUUAGAACACGCAGCUUUGAUGGGAAUGAAAGAAGCUACAUGGCCAUAUGUUUCUUAUGGUUUUGGGUCGAUAUUUUGUGGAAAAAUAUUAAAAAUUAUCGGGAAUAUAAAUAAAUUCAGUCCAGAACCUGGAAAAAUUAAAUUGUUUCUGAAGCAUUUUUAUACGCUGGCAAACGAUAAAUGCGGAUUGCCGAAUUCUCAAUUGUCAAGAUUGCUUUAUUGUAUAACUUUAAUGAGACUAUUGAAGAAAUUCAAAAACGUUCGUUUGCUUGGGUCAACAUUUAUUCUGCCAAAUCACUGGCGAUUUGUUUUGGAACUCCGAGGCCCUUGGGUAGGAGUACUAUCGUCACCUAAAUCAGCCGCCGAGCCCCAUGAACAGAUCAAGCUCCUAAUAAUUUUGUGUGAAAUGAUAAUAGCUAAUAGUACGAAUCGUGCUUUCAAAGAGAUUUGGGAAUGCGAUAGUGAAAUUUUUGUUUUUGGAAAUGAUGUCAGUGAAAAAAAAGAUUUUUCAAAAAAUCCAACAACCGUGUUUACUCUAAAAAUAGAUGCUUCCAAGAAAAUCUUGUCACUUCUAAAAUCAUGUCUGGAAGAUGAUAUUGUAGAUUUGCCACAGUGUCUGCCAAGAGGUGAAUUCAUGGUUUCCAUUGACAUGUUAUGUAGGAAAGCAGCCAAAUGGGGUUGUUCUCAAGUGCAUCACAUUGAAAUUGGACCGAAAUUUGAUGUUAAUUUCGAGGAUUAUUAUGAUGAAUGCGACGAUGAUAUGCGAAUAAGUACAAUAAGUUCUGAAAAUUGUAUUGUUGAAAUUAGUUAAUGAUUUGUUAUUUUUUUGAAGACA